CUUGAGCUUUUGCAACAUAGGGCAAGACACAGCUCUUGCCCAUUUCAAUGUCGCAUGACCUGGGCAUCCGGCGCCUGGGUGGUGCUAGCUCUGGCAUGGGCACAAGCCUGUCCCGGCCGGUGAGGCGGCCGAGCCGCGGCCAGGCCUCGCUUCAGCUGCAGACCAAGCUGCCUCCGCGGCCGGUGGUCGCAGCCCGGGCCAGCAGCCAAGCGGCCGUGGCUCUUCGCAGCCGGGAGGUGGAGAGACAGCCGGCCAUUCUCAGACAGAGAUCCUCACCAGACAGCGCCACAGCCGCCCAGCGAUUCCAGCAGGCGGCCAGGCGCCCAUCACAGCAAGAAGCGCUGCGGAUGAAGCCUACCGCAAAGCCAGGCUCGCAGAAGCCGGGCUUGUCGCGCUUUACCACAGCUCAGAAGGGAACCUUUCAGAAGGCGCUGCAGGAGAUCCGCAACGGCCGGAAGACCAGCUGCUGGAUGUGGUUUGUGAUCCCCACGCCGCCGUACAUCGUCAACGGCGUGGAGAAGGGCAGCUCAGUGAACCGCAAGUUCGCGCUGUCUGAUGAUGAGGCAAGGGCCUACCUUGAGUUCGAGGCAGAGGGUGUCAACCUCCGUCAGAACUACUUGGACAUGAUGACAGCCGUCCUGGAGCAGUUGAAGGCCGGCCGCACGCCCGUGGCGCUCAUGGGCAGCAUGGACGCGCCGAAGCUGUCCAGCUCUGUGCAGCUGUUUGAGCGGAUCAGCAAUGGCGCGGACCCCGAGCUCAACAAAGUGCUCCGAGACAUCAAGGCAGUUCUGCGCUGACUGAGCCAAUGCCGGAAUCCAGAGGUAGCCCUAGCCUCAAGCCCCCUUCCA